ACUGUUUUAAGCGAUAUAACGAAAAUUUACCAGCUUCUAAUCAGAUGGCUCAGAUCUUUGGAACAGAUCUGUCGAAUGGAGACUGACAUGCAGACCGUCAAUUUAGCUCCUUAGAUACAAAGCUUUUAAAACAUAACUGUAAAGGCUGUGUCAUUUAACAAUCCAAACUUCAAGAAAACAGUAACCAGUCAUGCCUCGUCCUGGGAAGAACUCUUACAGCGACCAGAAGCCCCCAUACUCCUACAUAUCAUUGACAGCGAUGGCUAUCCAGAACUCAGCCGAGAAGAUGCUGCCUCUGAGUGACAUUUAUAAGUUCAUUAUGGACCGGUUUCCGUAUUAUCGAGAGAAUACCCAGCGGUGGCAAAAUUCCCUGAGGCACAACCUCUCCUUCAACGACUGCUUCAUCAAAAUCCCCCGGCGGCCUGAUCAGCCAGGGAAAGGCAGCUUCUGGGCUCUGCACCCGGACUGCGGUGACAUGUUUGAGAAUGGCAGCUUCCUCAGGAGACGUAAGCGCUUCAAGGUGCUGCGCGCAGAGCAUAUGGCCUGCAAGAGCUCCCCGAUGAUGCAUUACUUUCACCAUCACCACCACCAUCCGGGCAGCAAGCUGGGUACCGCAUCUGGCCACCACGACCACUCAGCAGGCCCGGCAAGCACCGUGGGUCGGCUCCCUCACUUUCAGGGUUACGGGGGCAUUACUUGCGCACAGCCCGGCGGGUUUAAGCACCCAUUCGCCAUAGAGAACAUUAUAGGACGGGACUAUAAGGGUGUGAUGGCCAGCGGGCUCCCCCUCACCUCGGUCAUGCACCACCUGGGUUACCCAGUGCCCCCUCAGCUCAGCAGCGUGGUCAAUUCCAUGUGGCCGCACGUCGGGAUGCUGUCGGAGUCCAUGAGUGGCGUGCCCGUGCCCGCUUCGUCCGAGUACGCGCCCUUCAGCAUGUCAGCAAAGGGCCUGUACCACAACCCCAACGGGCAAACCUUGCCCGCCGUCCCCGUUCCAAUAAAACCCACCCCAUCGCUGGGUGCCGUGCCCGGUUUGACGGGGCUGCAGUCCGGCCCGUCCCAGCUUUGCUCACCGACUUCAGUGAUGGAGAAAAGUGAUCUACUGGAGGGGAAAGGCAACCCUCUACACCCGGCCCUCCUGCUGUCCUAACCGGGUAAAUUGCGGGUCAUUUUUGAAAAGUAGCAUUGAAGAAGAACUUUGUUACUGCAUAAAUUAUGUCAGAAUGGCCUAUCAGCAACAUCAUAGUUUGAGUUAAGUGCAGCUGUAGGAGAGUUGUACAAAGUAAGGUUAACAUUGUGAUGUGUAAUGAAUUUUUUCAUCAGACCCAUGUUGAUUGAAGUCAUAAUUUAUUUGCACAAUUUGUGAGGGCAUUUGCCACACACUGUAAUGUGGCACUGAUAAAUACAAUCAGACAAGAGGAUACGCUGAACCCAAAGAAAGCUUUGAUUUAGGAGACAAACAAUUCUUUCCAAAUGCAAACCAACAACUCUGUUUCUAUUUUUGCUCUUAUUCUAUUUAUUUUGUUUUAAUCUAAGGCAGGCCUAAUGGCUAAAUACAAAUAGGCCUUCAUGAUGUUUAAUUAGGCCUGUUGCACUUUUUGUGUUAUUUAGCGGUGCAUUGAAAACGUUAUGCUUGCAUUAUAACACUAUUUAUCUGAGGAUAUUUAUAAAGAACUUAA